UUUAUACCUACUGAAUUGUGGGACCCUACAAUAUAUUUUAAAAGACAAAAAAAAUGAAAUGAUUUAUUCUAACGUGUUCUAACAUUCCCCAAUAGGUACAGACAUGGGUGAUGCUGCAAUGUCAGAAUUUGGUAUGGCUGCUCCAUAUCUGAGAAAGUCAGACAAAGAGCGGCUAGAAGCACAGACACGGCCGUUUGACAUGAAGAAGGACAUCUUUGUACCUGACGAUAAAGAAGAAUACAUUAAAGCCAAACUGGUUACUCGAGAAGGAGAUAAAAUUACAGCAGAGACUGCGAAUGGCAAGACAGUAACUGUGAAGGACAGCCUCUUGAUGCAGCAGAACCCACCAAAGUUUGAUAAAAUUGAAGACAUGGCGAUGCUUACCUUCUUAAAUGAGCCAGCUGUGCUGUACAACCUCAAAGAGCGCUACGCAGCUUGGAUGAUCUAUACAUACUCAGGUCUCUUCUGCGUGACAGUGAAUCCCUACAAGUGGCUGCCUGUGUACAAUGCAGAGGUUGUGUCUGCUUACCGUGGAAAGAAGAGGAGUGAAGCUCCACCUCAUAUCUUCUCCAUCUCUGAUAAUGCUUAUCAGUACAUGCUAACAGAUCGGGAAAAUCAGUCUAUCCUUAUCACUGGAGAAUCUGGUGCCGGAAAGACUGUGAACACCAAACGUGUCAUCCAGUACUUUGCGGUCAUUGCUGCCAUCGGAGAUCGCAAAAAGGACACGGGUCCAACAGGCAAGGUUCAGGGGACACUGGAGGAUCAAAUCAUCCAGGCAAACCCUGCUCUUGAGGCCUUUGGAAAUGCUAAGACACUUCGAAAUGACAACUCCUCCAGAUUUGGGAAGUUCAUUCGUAUCCACUUUGGUGCCUCUGGGAAGUUAGCAUCUGCUGACAUAGAGACCUACCUCCUGGAGAAAUCUCGCUGUAUCUUUCAGUUGAAAUCAGAGCGGGAUUAUCACAUCUUUUACCAGAUCUUAUCUAAUAAAAAACCAGAACUUCUGGAUAUGAUGCUGGUCACAAACAAUCCAUACGAUUAUGCGUACAUCUCUCAAGGGGAAACAACCGUAGCCUCCAUUGAUGAUGCAGAAGAACUGUUGGCUACUGAUAAUGCUUUUGAUGUCUUGGGUUUUUCUCAAGAUGAGAAGAAUUCAAUCUAUAAGCUGACUGGAGCCAUUAUGCAUUUUGGGAACAUGAAGUUCAAGCAAAAACAGCGUGAGGAGCAGGCAGAGCCGGAUGGCACCGAGGAGGCUGAUAAAGCUGCAUACUUAAUGGGCCUAAAUUCUGCCGACCUUCUCAAGGGUUUAUGCCACCCGCGUGUCAAGGUGGGAAAUGAGUAUGUCACCAAGGGACAGAAUGUCCAGCAGGUGUACAACUCCACCGGUGCUCUGGCCAAGUCAGUGUACGAGAAGAUGUUCCUGUGGAUGGUGGUCAGAAUUAACAGCACACUGGAGACCAAGCAGCCCAGGCAAUACUUCAUAGGAGUGCUGGAUAUUGCAGGAUUUGAGAUCUUUGAUUUCAACAGCUUUGAACAGCUCUGCAUUAACUUCACUAAUGAGAAGCUGCAGCAGUUCUUCAACCACCACAUGUUUGUGCUGGAGCAGGAAGAGUACAAGAAGGAAGGAAUUGAGUGGGAAUUUAUAGACUUUGGCAUGGAUCUCCAGGCCUGCAUAGACCUCAUUGAAAAGCCCAUGGGCAUCAUGUCCAUCUUGGAAGAAGAGUGCAUGUUCCCUAAGGCCACCGACAUGACCUUUAAAGCUAAACUGUAUGAUAACCAUCUGGGAAAAUCCAAUAAUUUCCAGAAGCCCAGGAACAUCAAGGGGAAGCCUGAAGCUCACUUUGCCCUGGUGCACUAUGCCGGCACUGUGGACUAUAACAUCACUGGCUGGUUAGUGAAGAACAAAGACCCCUUGAAUGAGACCGUGGUAGGACUCUACCAGAAGUCUUCACUCAAGCUGCUGGCACAUCUUUUUGCUAACUAUGCAGGUUCAGAUGCAGAUCAAGCUGGAAAGGGUAAAGGCAGUAAGAAAAAAGGUUCCUCAUUCCAGACAGUGUCAGCUCUGCAUCGGGAGAACUUGAACAAACUGAUGACAAACCUUCGAUCCACUCAUCCUCACUUUGUACGCUGUAUCAUCCCAAAUGAGUCUAAAUCUCCUGGUGUGAUGGACAAUCGUAUGGUGAUGCAUCAGCUACGUUGUAAUGGUGUCUUAGAAGGUAUCAGAAUCUGCAGGAAGGGAUUCCCCAACCGCAUCCUUUAUGGAGACUUUAAACAACGGUACAAAAUACUGAACCCUGCAGCCAUCCCAGAGGGACAGUUUAUAGACAGCAGGAAAGGAGCAGAGAAGCUCUUGACAUCACUGGAGAUAGACCAUACCCAAUACAAGUUUGGACACACAAAGGUAUUUUUUAAAGCUGGUUUGCUCGGCCAGUUGGAGGAGAUGCGAGAUGAACGACUGUCCAGGAUCAUAACACGAAUUCAGGCACAGUCUAGAGGUGUCCUCUCCAGAAUAGAAUUCAAGAAAAUUGUGGAACGCAGAGAUGCCCUCCUGGUGAUCCAGUGGAACAUUCGAGCUUUCAUGGGUGUCAAAAAUUGGCCCUGGAUGAAGCUUUACUUCAAGAUCAAGCCCUUAUUAAAGAGCGCAGAGACUGAAAAGGAAAUGCAAACAAUGAAAGAGGAGUUCCAAAAGUUAAAGGAAGCUCUGGAGAAGUCAGAGGCCCGACGUAAAGAGCUUGAGGAGAAAAUGGUUUCUCUACUGCAGGAAAAGAAUGACUUGAUGCUGCAAGUACAGGCAGAACAAGACAAUCUGAAUGAUGCAGAGGAGCGAUGUGAGCAGUUGAUCAAGAACAAAAUCCAACUGGAGGCCAAGCUAAAGGAACAGACCGAAAGGCUUGAGGAUGAAGAAGAGAUGAAUGCAGAGCUCACGGCCAAGAAGAGGAAGCUGGAGGACGAGUGCUCCGAGCUUAAGAAAGAUAUAGAUGACCUGGAGCUAACUCUGGCUAAAGUCGAGAAAGAGAAGCAUGCCACAGAGAAUAAGGUCAAAAACCUAACAGAAGAGAUGUCUGGCCUGGAUGAAAUUAUUGUAAAGCUAACCAAAGAGAAGAAGGCUCUCCAAGAGGCACACCAGCAGACACUGGAUGACCUCCAGGCAGAAGAGGACAAGGUCAAUGUGUUGACUAAAGCCAAAGCCAAGCUGGAGCAGCAAGUAGAUGAUCUAGAAGGAUCACUGGAGCAGGAAAAAAAAGUAAGGAUGGAUCUAGAACGAGUGAAAAGAAAGUUGGAAGGAGACUUAAAACUGACUCAAGAAAGUCUUAUGGACCUGGAAAAUGACAAGCAACAACUGGAUGAGAAGCUAAAAAAGAAAGACUUUGAGAUGAAUCAGCUAAAUGCGAGAAUAGAGGAUGAGCAGAAUGUGGGUGCUCAGCUCCAGAAGAAGAUGAAGGAGUUACAGGCUCGUAUUGAGGAACUAGAGGAAGAGCUGGAAGCUGAAAGAACCGCUCGAGCCAAAGUUGAGAAGCUUCGCUCAGACCUGUCACGAGAAUUGGAGGAGAUCAGUGAGCGUCUAGAGGAGGCUGGAGGAGCCACCUCUGUGCAGAUGGAGCUCAACAAAAAGAGAGAGGCUGAGUUCCUAAAACUCAGGAGGGAUUUGGAGGAAUCCACUUUGCAUUCAGAAGCCACAGCUGCCACACUUCGGAAGAAGCAUGCAGAUUCUGUGGCAGAGCUAAGUGAACAGAUAGACAAUCUGCAGAGAGUCAAGCAGAAGCUGGAGAAAGAGAAGAGUGAACUCAAACUAGAGCUAGAUGAUGUGGCAUCAAGCAUGGAGCAGGUGGUGAAAGCUAAGGCUAAUCUUGAGAAGUUAUGCCGCACGUUAGAGGACCAGGUCAAUGAGCAUCGUUCAAAGUCAGAGGAGACACAGAGAGGUGUAAAUGAGCUGUCCACACAGCGUGCCAAGCUUCAGACUGAGAAUGGGGAGCUAUCGCGCCGUCUGGACGAGAAGGAGUCACUAGUAUCACAGCUAACCCGUGGCAAACAGACAUACACCCAGCAGUUGGAAGAUUUGAAGAGGCAGCUUGAGGAGGAAUCCAAGGCUAAAAAUGCAUUGGCCCAUGCUCUGCAAUCUGCCCGCCAUGACUGUGACCUGUUACGGGAGCAGUAUGAAGAAGAGCAAGAAGCCAAAGCAGAGUUGCAGCGUGUGUUGUCUAAAGCCAACUCUGAGGUAGCUCAAUGGAGAACAAAGUAUGAGACCGAUGCCAUCCAAAGAACUGAGGAGUUAGAAGAAGCCAAGAAGAAGCUGGCACAGAGGCUGCAGGAUGCGGAGGAGGCUGUAGAAGCGGUGAAUGCCAAAUGCUCAUCCCUUGAGAAGACUAAACAUCGUCUCCAAAAUGAGAUUGAGGACCUCAUGGUGGACCUGGAAAGGUCAAACGCAGCAGCAGCUUUAAUGGACAAAAAGCAAAGGAACUUUGACAAGAUUCUUGCUGAGUGGAAACAGAAAUUUGAGGAGUCUCAGACAGAACUGGAGUCGUCUCAGAAAGAGUCUCGUUCUCUGAGCACUGAGCUCUUCAAGCUGAAGAAUGCAUAUGAAGAGUCUCUGGAACAUCUUGAGACAUUCAAAAGGGAAAACAAAAAUUUGCAGGAGGAGAUAUCAGACUUAACAGAACAACUAGGGGAAAGUGGGAAGAACAUCCAUGAACUAGAAAAGAUCCGGAAGCAGUUGGAACAGGAGAAGAUAGAAUUGCAAUCAGCUCUGGAGGAAGCUGAGGCUUCUCUGGAGCAUGAGGAGGGUAAGAUCUUGCAUGCCCAGCUGGAGCUGCACCAGUUGAAGGCCGACUUUGAGCGCAAAUUGUCUGAGAAAGAUGAAGAGAUGGAACAAGCCAAGAGAAACCACCAGCGUGUGGCUGAGUCAUUGCAAACAUCACUUGAGGCUGAAACCAGGAGCCGCAAUGAGGCCAUGAGAAUUAAGAAGAAAAUGGAGGGCGAUCUAAAUGAAAUGGAGAUCCAGCUCAGCCAGGCAAACCGAGUAGCAGUGGAAGCACAAAAACAACUGAAGAGUAUACAAGGUUACUUGAAGGACACCCAGAUCCAGCUUGAUGAUGCAGUGAGAGCCAGUGAGGAUCUGAAAGAGAACAUAGCAAUCGUUGAGAGGAGGAACACAUUACUUCAGGCUGAGCUGGAGGAGCUGCGGUCCCUGGUGGAACAGACAGAGAGAGGGCGCAAACUUGCAGAGCAAGAGCUAGUAGAAACCAGUGAGAGAGUGCAACUCCUUCAUUCCCAGAACACCAGCCUAAUAAACCAGAAGAAGAAGAUGGAGUCUGACCUUUCCCAACUGCAGACAGAGGUGGAGGAGGCAGUGCAGGAAUGUCGCAAUGCCGAGGAGAAGGCCAAAAAGGCCAUCACUGAUGCUGCCAUGAUGGCUGAGGAGUUAAAGAAAGAACAAGACACAAGUGCUCACCUGGAGAGGAUGAAGAAGAACAUGGAGCAAACAAUAAAGGACCUUCAGCAACGUCUGGACGAGGCAGAACAGAUCGCCAUGAAGGGAGGGAAGAAACAGCUGCAGAAACUGGAGGCUCGUGUCCGAGAACUAGAUAACGAGCUGGAAGCUGAGCAGAAGCGCAAUGUAGAGUCUGUGAAGGGAAUGAGAAAAUAUGAAAGACGCAUUAAGGAGCUUACUUAUCAGACUGACGAAGACAGGAAGAAUCUGGCACGUCUUCAGGAUCUUGUUGAUAAACUGCAACUCAAAGUGAAAGCAUAUAAGAGACAAGCAGAAGAGUCUGAGGAACAAGCCAAUGCAAACCUGUCCAAGUUCCGUAAGGUUCAGCAUGAGCUGGACGAGGCUGAGGAACGGGCGGAUAUUGCAGAAUCCCAGGUCAACAAGCUGAGAGCAAAGAGCCGGGAUUUUACAGUCAAGAAAAAUCUGAAUGAGGAAUAAUCCAAGAUCCAGCUGCUCUCGAGGUCCUUCUUCUCUAAAGUUUGCAGUGUCCAAGACCCUGCUUUCUGUGAAGCGUUUGCUAUGUAUAAUAAAGUAUUGAAACUA